AUGCUGUCAAGUAGUCAGCAAAUUACCAUUGGAAAAUCAUCCCUUGAAGUUAAAGGGGGAGAAAACAAUGCUUAUUUAAAAUUUGAUGAUAAUAAAAAACAAUGCGAGUUAAAAAGUUUGAAUACAUAUGAAAAUAGUUUAAGCAAAAUGGAAAAAGAAAACGAAGAAUUUACAAAAAAUAAUCAAAUUGUUUUGCCUAACAAAUAUGAUGAUGAUUAUGUAAAAGAACAAAACGCAGUAUUUAGCAUAGAGCAAAUUAAUCUUUCCAGAAAUAGCUUAAACAUUCAUGACAUUUAUUACAUUUACAAUGAAGAGACAGAAAUAUCCGAUUUAAUUAUAAAAAGAUACAAGGAAAAUCAUUACCUAACAAUUUUUAAUAAUAUGCUUAUUAUAAUAAAUCCAAAUAAAAAUGUAAAAGAUUUUUAUAAGUUGUUAUUUAAAAAUAAAAAUAAAAAUAACUAUAUAUUUAAAUUAUUUAUGAAUAAUAUUAAAGAAAAAAACAUCGAAGAAAAGUAUGAAAAUGGCAAUAUAAAUUUACAGGAAAGUUCAGAGUCUUCAGACAACAGUUAUAGGAAUGAACAGAAAAAAACAUAUGAUCAUAUUAAUAAGAAUAUAUCAUAUUUAAAUACAAAAGAAUUAAUAAAUUUUGAAAUAUUAAAAAAAAGGAAAGAAAAAUAUCGUAAAUAUAUAUCAACAAUAAGAAAAAAUUUAUUUAUCAAUAGUAAUAAUGAGAUUACAGAUAUACAUAGCGAUACUUUGAAAAAAUUUGCUACCCUAUUCAAUAUUAGCCUAGAAAUAGGUGAAGAAAAAUAUACAAAUUCUAAUAGUAAUAGUAUAAGUAGCGAUAUUGAUGAAAAUUAUUUAAAUUAUAUUGAGAAAAAAAAAAAGUGGGAUAGUAUUCAUAUUGACAAUACACAGAAUGAUAGUUAUCGUAGCAACGAUAUUGGGUCUAAACAAAUAAAUUAUGAACAUAAAAGUAUGCAUAAUAAUAGAAAAAUUGGAAUUUCAGAAUGUAAAAACAAAUUGUUAUUCAUACACGGUGAAAAAUAUAGUAAUCAAUAUGUAAUAAGUAAUUAUAUAUUAAAACAUAUAAUAAAAGAAGAAAAUAGCAAAGAACUUUAUUAUUCUUAUAAAAAUAUUAUGUCUAUUCUUAAUUUAUUUUUUGUUAACAAGUGUUUUAAUUUUAUAAUAUAUAAAUGUGUAAAUAAUAAAAUAAUAUAUUUUAAUAUAGUUCCAUGUUUUUUAAGCGAUGCAAAUAAUAAUGUUACAAAUAUAUGUACAAAAAUUAAUGAAUUUUAUAAUCAGUUAAUUGAUUCGGAAAAAAAAACAAAUAAUCAAAAAAAGGUAGCCAAACAAAUGGAAACAAAAGAAAAAAUAAAAAGUGACCACAAUAAUGAAAUUACCCACUCAACAAGUGGCAGAGAAAGUAACGGAAAUGAAACAAGUACAGAUAAUAAGAAUGUAAAAAAAAAAAUAAUUGAUUUAAGAAAAAUUAUAAAUAUUCCCCAUAUAUUUUUUUUUCUUCUCAAAUGCAUAUUAAAUAACAAUCAUCACCGAUUUUUUAAAGACUUAAAAUUGCAUACAUUAGAUAUAAAAAAAAUAUGCAGAAAUUACAUAGAUAUUUCAUACAUAAAACUAAACGGUUUUGAUGCUGAUAAACUAUUUUCGUCCUUUUUAAAAAUCGGAUUUUCAGAAGAAGAUAUAAUUAACAUAAAUAAAAUAAUUUUUGCAAUAUUAUUUAUAAAUAUAUAUAUAAGUAUAAGAAAUUGUCUAAUUUUAAGUGAACAGAAAGCGUUAAAUCAAUUACAAAUACAACUAAUCCAAGUUCAGGAUUAUAUAAAAUUGAGAAAAUUGCAUAUAAAUAAUAAUGAAAAUAUGAAAGGGAAAAAUACACAAUUUAAUUUAAAUAAAUUUUUAAAUUUUAAUUAUAAAAAUUAUGUAAAUAGUGAACAAUCACCACAUUCAGAAUAUGACAAUAAUAAUAUCUAUAAAAACAAAAAUUCAGAAAAAAAAAUAAAGUCAAACUAUUUCAUCGUUUUUGUAGGGCAUAUUCUAGAAGAGUAUAUAUCUUAUUUAUUAAGUAUUGAUUUAUGCAAUUUUCUAGAUAUUUUAAAUGAUACGAUAAAGCUAACAAAUUUUUGUUCCGCAGUUUAUUUUAGAUUAAAACUUAAAAUAAUAAAGCAAAUCAAUCAAUAUUUAAACAAUAGACAUUCAACUGAUAGAAAUAUUAAUCACAUAUGGUAUAUAUACUCGAAUAGUGGAGUUAUGUAUAAUUCUAUGGAUCAAAAUUAUAAUGAAAAAAAUUUUAGUAAAAAUAAUAACGAAAUUGAAAAAUGCCAACACGUAUGUAACGAAAGCAAGCUAAGCAGCCUAUCUUUACUUAUAAACAAUAUCUACAAUGAAAUAAUUUAUUCUUAUUAUAUUAAAAUAUCUUCUUUUAAUCUUGAUAUAUGCACUAUUCAGGCUAUUAAGAAUAUAAGGAACAAAAAAAAAAGUUAUGAAGAUGCUACACAGGAUAGUAUUAACAAAUACAAAAGAACAAACAAUAAAUUAGAAAAUCGUAAUUUAAAUAAUUCUUAUAUUUAUAAAUGUAAAAAAAAUGUGAUAUUAUAUUUAUUGGAAAAAUAUACACAUAAAAUUUUAGCCAUUAUCGAAGAAGAUAUGUCACAUGACAAUUUGAAUAUAAACAAUAAUACUCUAACAAAACCGAAAUAUUUCAAAUUAAUUUAUAGCUUUUACCUUUCUAUUAAAAAAAUUAUGCAACAUUAUUCGGGAAUAAUGAAUAAAUUAAAAGGCACAAAAAAUAUCGGUAGUAAAAUUAGCGAAUCCAUAAAUGAGAAACCUGAUGAGCACAAAGAAAUAGACAACGAAAAAUCAGGGGAAAAUAAUACAAGGAAAAAGUAUUAUAGUGAAAAUUAUGUAAGAAAAAUUGUAAACAAAAUUAUAAAAGAUAUAAAUAAGAUGGAAGAAUUAAAUAAUAAAAAAUAUAAUGAUAAUAUAAUUACAAAUGCGAAAAAGUGUAAUUUCUCCAUAGUUCAUUAUAAUAACGAUCAUGUUAGAUACAAAUGUAACAACAUGCUCUUAGACAAUUUUAAAGAUUUAUGUUCGUUAAAUAAUACUAUUGAUAUUAUUGAAAAUACAGAAAUGGAUUUUUUAAAAAAAUUAUUUUUAGAUAAAUCUAUUCCAUUAAAAUUUUUUAAAAAUAAUUUAAUGCAUAAUGAAAUUUUUUUUCUUCUUUAUAUUAUUAAGAAUUGUUAUGAAAGGUUUUAUAUAUAUCUUAUAAAUGAGAGAGAAAAAAACAAAACGGACAAUUCUAUUAUCUUUUCCAAGUAUAUUGACAAAAAUAAAAAUUUAUAUUCCCAAUUUUCCAUACUCAACGAAAAUGAACUUUCCUCAUCUAAUGGCUCAAUCAUUAACAAUGAUAAUAUUAAAAACAUAAAUAAUGAAAUCAUUAGCGAUAGAGAUAGUGAUUUGCAAGACGAUUUGAUUGUAAACAAAUCAUAUAAAAAAUAUCAGAAAAAAGAAAAGACAGACCAAGUGGAUAAAAAAAUGGAAUCUUACUUAUCUUUCAUUUCAUACAAACAAAUAAAUGAUUUUUCUGAACUUAAAAAAAAACUAAAUAAAAAUCACAUCGAAUCAAUAGUAAAAAAUUUGCAUUUAAAAACAAUUUUUAAAUACCAAAUGAAAUAUUUAUAUUAUAAUAUUUCAUAUAUGAAUUUUAUAAAUAAGUAUUUGCGUUUUUGUGUGUACAUAAAUACGGAUGGAAGUCUUGCAAAGUUAAUAAACUGGUAUGAGAAAAAAUUUGAGAAAACAAAAGAAAAUUACGAGAACUAUCUACCAGAUGAAUCGUCAUUAAAUGCUAUUGAUACAAGAUUAAAUGAGGGCGUCUCAAAAAAAUGGAAAGAGACAAAAAUAAAGAAUAUUUAUAAUAGCACGAAUAAUAGUCAAAGUAGUGAAGAAUAUAUACAAAACUAUUAUAAAUUAGAGAAUAUACCAAAUAAAGAUAAAAAAAAUUUAUGUAAAAUAAUUGUACAUUAUCUAAAUUUAGCAAAAGAAGAUGUUUAUUACUAUAAUAAUUUUGUAUUUAUAAAAAAACGAUAUUACUUUAUUUUAGAGCAUAUAAGAAACGAAUUUGUAAGAACAAUAUCAUCAAGUACUAAAAAAAAUGAAGAUUGGGGGGCAAUUUAUAAAAGCAAAAAGAUGAAAAAUUUUUACACAAAUAAAGUUGUAAAAAUUCAAAAUUACAUUCGAAAGUUUCUUAAUUCUUCAAGGAUGAAUAAAAUAGAAAAACAAAAAAAUUUAUUAGUAUCUUUUUUAAUAUUUUAUAGUUAUAUUGUUAAAAAUAGGAAUAAAGGUGAAACGAGAGAAGACAUGGAAUUAUAUAAACAAAAAUUUAUGAAAGAAGAAAAGGAAAUAAUUCGAUAUGCGGCUAGUGUGUAUAUACAAUCCUGGUAUAGAAAAAUAAUACAACAAAGAAAAUAUAAAGCUUUAAAAAUAGAAACAUAUAAAAAAAAAGCUAUGGAAUGCAUAUAUAAUGUCAUCAAAACAUAUAUUGUCCAAAUAAAAACUAUAGCACAUAUAAAUGAUGUUAUUAUACCAAAUAGAUGUGCAUUAAUUAUUCAGACACAUUUUCGAAAACAUGUAUGUUUCACAGAUUUUCGAAAAAAACUUCUUUUAAAAAUAUGUUUUUUAUCAAUAAAAAGAAAAUAUUUAACUUACUCAAAUAUUAUUACUAAGGUAAAUUAUCAUUAUUUAGCUAAAAAUAUAUAUAAUCGAAAUAAUAUACAAAGUUUGCUAAAAAUCCCAAAGGCAGUAAUAAAAAUUCAAAGUAAAUAUAAAGCAUAUAUUGUUAGAAAACAAUAUAAAAUGCUUCGAGAUGCUAUAUAUUUUACACAAGCAUAUGUACACACAUGUAUAGAAUCUAUUAAAUAUAAUAAUAUAAAAAAUAGUAUAAUUUUAAUCCAAAGAUGGUGGCGAAGUUUUUGUAAAUUAAAAAAAGUCUUUUCAAAUGUUCAAUUAAAUAUAUAUAGUAAUGAAUAUGAUAAAAGAAAAUAUUAUUUUUUAAAUAAAGAUAAUUUUCCUUUUUAUAAUUAUUACACUUUAAAAGAACAAAAAGCUAUGAAGUUAUUAACAUAUAAUAUAUUACUAAAACAGUGGUAUUUUUUUUACUUUAAAAAAUUUCAAAAAAAAAAUCAUAUAUUUAAUAUUGUGUUUAAUCUCAAACUAUACAAAAAUAUAUCUUAUCAUUAUACAUUACCAUGGGCAUAUAAAAUUAAUACCAUACUUAAAAUUAUAUAUAUGAAACAAAUGUUUCAAAAAUGUACUAAUAAUAGCCAAAAUACAAUUUUUAAUAUACCUGUUUUUGAAUCAAUACAAAUAUUUGUCGGGAGAACACACACAAUUUUGUUAAUAAAACAAACAACUUCAAAUGAGCAAAUAUCAUGGAAUGCUAAUAAAAGAAAUAGCAAAAAUUAUUAUCACACAUUUGUCUAUAGUAUUGGCUCCAAUGAAUUUGGGCAACUAGGUUAUUAUAACUUAUUUGAAAAAAAUUUUAUUUACAAUAUUAAUAAUACACAAAAUGAAUUUAUUUCGAUGAAUAAUGAUGAAGAAAAUAUGGACGAAGAAGACCCACUUGAAUUUGAUGAUACAAAUAAAUAUGAUUCAACUAUGGAUGAAAAUAAAACAGAAAAAAAAAAUUUUGAAAAUGAUGAUAACAUAAUUUUGAAAAAUCGAAUGGAUAGUACAAUUACCAAUUCAAGUGGCAUCACUUACAAAAAUUAUAAAAAAGAGAAACGAUUUGACAAUGAAAAUAGUUCAAAGGGAUAUAUUCCAUAUAAUACCGAAAAAAAUAAAAAGACAAAAAUAAAUAGUUUAUGUAAUAAAUAUAAAAAAAAUUUACAACACUUAAUAUUUGAAUAUAAAGAUAAGUAUAUUAUUGGCACUGAAAAUUUUUAUAAAAACCAAGAAGAUAGGUCUAUAAAUGAUAUUGUAGAUUAUAAAAUAGUAGAGAAAGAAAAUGAGAAAACUGGAGAAAUAGAAAAAGUAGUUCAAUUUACCAAAGUUAUAUCUGAAACUAAUAAAAUAAUUAAUGUUUGUUGUGGAUCUGAACAUACGUUAGCUCUUUCAGAAAAUCGAAAUGUAUAUGCAUGGGGUAAUAACGCAUAUGGUCAAUGUGGACAUAAAUAUGAAUUAAAUGUAAUUAGAUAUCCUAAAAUUAUAAAAUAUUUUAAAAAAAAUAAUAUUCAUAUUAAAAAUAUAAAUUGUGCUUCUUAUCACAGUGGGUAUAUAACUGAAACAAGCGAUUUAUAUAUUAGUGGAAAUAUUUUUUUUAUUAACUUAAAAUAUUAUAAUCAAAAUUUAUAUGAGCCCACUUUUUUGAUAUCAGAUUGUCAUAAUAUUUUGUGUCGAGAUAAUUUUAAUAUAGCCCUAAGAACAAAUAAAAAUUCAUUAUAUUUAUGGGGUAAUAAUUAUAAAUGCACAUUAGGAAUUAAUAAAGAAAAAUUAGGUAACCUUGAUGAAGUCUCUUGUUAUCCAUUAUCAAUAAUAUCAAAAACAAUAGCUGUUCAGAAAAUUGUAUGUUCAGAAAAUUUUGUAUGCUUAAUAACGAAAUAUAAAACUGCAAAAUAUUCUCUUUAUAUGUGGGGAGAAUUUACUCUUAUAGAAAAAAAGACAGAAAGUGAUACAUCAUCCAUUAAAAAUAAUACUAUUAAUAUAUUUAAUAAAUAUAAAAUAAAACCUAUUCAGAGAAAUACUGAUGAACAAAUUAAAAAAAAUAAAAUAAAAAAUAAAAAAAUACUUAUAGCCAAACCAUCACCAGUUUACAAUGAUGUAUGGGACUCAUUAGACGCAAUUGAUAUAUGUUGUGAUUUGGGUGAAGUAUUGAUCUUAAUGAAUAACUUGGGAUUGUAUGGAUUUUCGUCUGUGGAAAUUUUCGAAAAUGUAAAUGAACAAACUCAAGCGAAAGAACCCCAAUUUUCUUUUAGAUUUCCCAAUAAAAAAGUUGAUGAAAAAAGUGAAAAAAGUUAUAAUUAUGAAGAGCCCCAAAUAUAUGAAAAUAUAAAACUAUUAAAUCCAUCACUAUAUAUGUUUAAAUAUUUUAAACCAUCAUACUUUAAUAUUAAAAAAAUUAAUUGUAGUUAUAAUAAAAAUAGUUUAUCAAUUAUAAAUGCUACAAUGGGUCAAUAUGACAUUCAAUUAAAAAAAAAAAAAAUGGACUAUAUUACGCCUUCUGGUGAUAUUGCUCAAUUUCCAAAAAAAAUUCAAGAAAAAAUGUUUGAAAUGGAAAAAAGAGAGUCCAAUAAAUGGAUAAAAUCUACUGAUGAUCCAUAUAUAAAUCAUUUUUUAGUUAAUUCAAGUGACUCGGAUAGCAAUUUUUAG